AUGACGAAGAACCCAGCAGAACUGAUGAGACCUUCGCUAGGGGCGUGGAAGACCUACGUGUACCUCCUGGGUCUUGCAGGGGGCUUCUUCUCCGGGUGCUGGCCAACUACGCAGGUCGUGUUGCUCCUGACGAUGGUGUGGAUGGUGUUCUUGUUCCACGCGACGUCGGGCGUGUGCACUGGCAUCAUCAUGGUCAUCGCGCAGGUGUACGUGGCCGAGGUCUCUGUGCCGCGUAUCAGGGGCGCCAUCUCCUCGGCUCCGCUCCUCGCCUUCCAGGUUGGCUGUCUCCUGUGCUUCCUGCUGGGCGAGAUCCUCGUGUGGAAGAACCUGGCGAUUGUCGGGAUCUGCACGACGAUGCCCUUCUUCGUGUCCGUCGUGCUGUGCAUGCCGGAGUCGCCAAGGUUCCUCAUCCACGUUCGCCCCAACGACGCGCUCUCGACGCUCCAGUGGCUGCGCGGCGUCGAUAACGACGUCAUGGAGGAGUACCACGAGAUCACCAACAGCUGCGAGAUCGACCGGUGGAGGAUCGCCUGCGAGGACCUCAUCCGACCCACGUUCUGGCGCCCGCUGCUCAUCUCCUGCGGCCUCAUGUUCCUCUACAACAUGACCGGCGUGGCGAGCUUCACGCUCUACGGCAUGGAGCUCUUCUCCAAGAUCUCGAGCUCGUACAACAACGCGGCCUACUUCAUCGUGACGGUCGUGCUCAUCGUCGCCAUCACCCUCUCGGCGCUGCUCGUCGACCACAUCGGCAGGAAGCUCCUCCUGCUGCUCUCCCUCACCAUCAUGGCGGCCUCGGCCUUCGUGCUCGGCCUCUUCCUCUUCCUCAAGGACCUGCACAAAGUCGAGAACUACUUCACGUACCAGUGGAUCGCCGAGGUCUUCUGCGUGGUGCUGUUCACGUUCGCCCACGGGACGGGCGUGGGGCCCAUCGCCUGGGUCACCCUCGGCGAGAUCUUCGGCUCCCGCCAGAAGUGGAUCGGCGUGUCCGCGGCGUCCAUGGUCAUGUGGUCGUCCAUGCUCGCCGUCGACGUGGUGUUCCACAAGAUCCGCGUUGCCGUGGCGACCGGCGGCAUCUUCUGGUUCCACUGCGUCGUCUGCGUCGCCGGCUACAUAUUCGUCCUCGUGUGCUUCCGCGAACUGAAGGAGCAGCGGAUCGAUGACAUCACCAAGUCAUUUACGAGGAAACACGAUAAUCUGAUUGAAACUUUCAUUGCCAGACUGUAAGGCAUUUUCUCCUCCCGAAGGACCGAGAAAGGGGUGGGACGAUGAGGAGACGUGGAAAGAAGAGUAAAAGAGACAGAGAUGGUGAUAGAAAGAAUGAGAGGAGAAAGUGAGACAGACUGACCGACAGACAGACAGACAAGCAGGGACAGAAAAAGAGAUCCAGACACAUAGACAGACAGAGACUGAGGAAAUGACAAAUAAAUAGAGAGAGCGAGCGAGACAGAGAAAUGCAAUAAUAAAUCUUUCCCCUUUAUACUUGAAAUAUUACAUAUUGAUUCAUACAUUAUGUACCGGAAAGAUAUACAUGUAAAUAUGUACAUACAUUAAACAGGUUUGAAAAUCAAAGAAUAAAUCAAACCUGUUUUUACUCUAUUUUUAUUCUUGACUUUUUUUUUAAUGUGUUGUUUCUAUUGUUUUUCUUCAUUUUUCUCCUGGUUUAUUUCUAUAUCUACCUUUAUUUAUUUUGUAUAUUUUGUAGACGUAGGACAUUUUUGUUAGAUGAGAGCUAGUGAAGUAUCUUUUAAUUAUCAUUAAAACGUAUGCUUAAUUAUCAUAAUAACCAAAAGAAGUGUCAUCAACAUACAUUGCACCGAACGACUGUUAUAAAUCAAAAUCAAUA